CAACAUAAAAUUUCAUCAGCUGUUGAUCUUUAUCACCAUAAUAUGCUGUAAUCUAAUAUCAAAAUGAACUUGUCAUUUUUAAUUCAAUGUUUAUCACACAUCUACACAAAUAACUUGAAGAAAAUUCAAGUAAUUCAAACCUUAAUUUUUCGUAUAAAAUAGGAUAAAUUUAACUAGUAGAAUAUGACAAGACACAUGGAGGGUGAGCAAAUUGAAAAAAUGUACCCAUAUCAAGAAACAAUUUCUCUAAAAAAUAAAUACUCAGAACCUGAAAUAGCUGAAGAAAUAUGUGAAGCGAUUUUCAUGCUAAUUCCAGGAGUGAACCGUCUAAAAGAGCUGUUUCUAGGGUGGAGCACUCUACCCCAAAAAGAUAGAGAACUAAUCGAUGAAAGGCUGAAACACCCUGAUCUCUCAUUUCUUUACAAGCCUUUGCGAGAAGCAUUAACUCGUUAUGAGUCCGUUCAAGACACGCAAGGUGCUCCUGGAUGUGAGCCAGGCAUGGUGAACUUUUUCGGUGAUCCCCAAUUGGAGGAGGGACUGACAGCAGUCAUUCAAAAACUGGAACAUCUUUUGACAGUCGCCAGGCAUCAGGUGGAGUCCGAAGCAUCUGAGGAGAGUGAUGAUGACGCCUCUUCUAUUAAGACUAUUCACUCGUCGUCGAACAUCAAGUGUUACUCUGCAAGUAAUAUGGUGAAUGUGAGGGACACUACCUGUAAUCAUAUGUCAGCUAAGUCUAUUUCAUUGGAUAACAUUAUAUGAGGAUUAUUUACUGUCAGGAUGGAAGAUAUAACAUUGCAAGUCAAAUAUGUAUCUUGUUUACACAACUACAAGAAAUAUACACUUGAAGAAAGGUUUUAACGAGUAGGCUACUUGUUGAGUUGAGUAAACAACAAUGUGACAGCUAUCCUGCCGGCGAAGGGGGAAUCUUCCACUCGAUCCCAGAGGAAAUCCUUAUUUUUGGUGCAAUGUACAAUGUGACUGUCUGCAAUUAUUAGUUCAUAUUUUUUAAAGAAAAGUUACAGAGUUUACAUAAGGUCUACUGAUAUAUCAUUAAUAUUUACUGAUAUACAUUAAUCAAUUUGACAAAAUACAGAGUGGUCAGAAAAGCUUGCUUAUUUCAUUUAGUGUAGUCCUGACUGUCAUUAUGAAGAAGGGGUUAAUACCAUCCGAGAGAGAAUAGCUUAAUCCUUCUUGGUAUAAUCACCAUCGUAGAGUGGGAAAAUGGUGGAACAAAACAUUUUUGUAAAGGAGUACUUUUCUAACACUCUAUGGUUUUAAGCGGCUUACAAAGGAACGUAGUUACUGGCUGCCAGUGCUUGCUGUUACUUCAUUUUCCAUAAAAACAAUAUA